AUGCCGCCUUCGGAGCAGAGGGCAGUUCAGCCUCGUGGCAGCGAGGCCGACUUUGCACCCCACAAGGCCUCGGCGCACAAGGCCUUUGCGGAAGGUGGCAUACGCCUUUAUUGCACUGAUGGAAAGCCUGCGGCUCUGGAGUGGGUGGCCACAAAGGCUGCCUCCUCGUCAACCGUUGAGGAAGCCGUAAGCUUCAUCAGGCGGCUGCGGUCAGAGCUUCAGAAUGCGCAGGAAAAGGGGCCUAGACUGCCUGAUGUCGCUGAUGUCUCCUCGUUCUGCUGUACCUCCAGGAGCAGUCCCUGCAGCGGCUGCUUUUGGCUGCAGCAGCCUCCUCCAACCGCAAAGGCUGUCGCGGCAGUACAAGUUGGGGGGCGCUGUGCGAGCCGCUCGAGGGCUACUGUGGUAGCUUCCUGGCUGCUGCAGCAGCUACUCAAAAACUUGGGGAGGCACAAGGGUCCGGUGCAGCCUCAGGAAUCUUUGCUUCUGGCCGCACUGCUCGCCACCAUUCCACAUUCUCUUAGCGGUGCUGAUCUGGGGGUGGUCUUGGACGUUGUGCUCCGAAUGCUGGCAGAUCUCCAGCAGCGGAGGGCUGAAAGGCUUCAAGGGCCCUGCGGAGAGUGCGCCAGCGCGCUGUGCUGCAUGCGUUGUGCUUGUUGCUCCCUGCGGCAGCUGUUGAGUUUGCUGCCUGCUGCCGAGCAGUUUAAGGGGGCUCUCAGUCUCCCCAGUAUGGAGGUCGCGUGCAGGAUAGCCGCAGCUGUUGCCACCACAUUGCUGCGCGCUGCACAAGAAGCAGGAGGCGGCGGCAGCAGCGAGGUUUGCUGCUGCUCGCAUCGCGGUGCCCAUGGCAGCAACGAUUGUCACUUCUUGCUGCUGAAGGCUCUCUGCGCUGCAGCAUUUAGAAUGCUCUCGCGGCUGCUCGCUGCCGUUCCAGUAAAUGCACAUCGCCACGUCAUUGCGAUGCUCUGCUCUCCAGGACGGCAGGCUCAGCAACCCCCCUGCAACACCAAGUCGCGGAGCGAGCAGGCUCUUAAGGGGCAGCAACAACCAGCACAACAGCAGCAGCAUCCGCAACACGUGGAGGCGCUUGACCGAGCGAGUGCUGCUGCGGAGGGCCUAGAACAGGCACUUUUUGAGCAGCGAGAGACGAGAGGGUCCUCGACAGACAGCCAGGAGCAGCUGCAACUGGCCGUCUCCGUGUUGCAACCGCAGCAGAAGGGCGCUACUGCCGCGCACCGUCUUCUGUUUGAUGCACUUGCGGCUAUCGGGAGGCAGCAGCGGCAGCACUUUCGCGCUUUGUCGCAAGAGGUUCUUGGAACGCCUCAGGAGGCCGAUGCGAAAGCAAGGCGUUUGGCCCUUCCUGCGCACAUCGCAGCCGUUCUACCGGCGUUAGGUGUCUUAGAGUCGCUUCCCGAGAUGGCGAGGCUUCUGCUGGACGGUAUAACCUGCUCGACUGCUAGCAUCGAUAUGCAGGCACCAUCGCCAGCAGCAGCCGCCGAAGAGGCAACCGCGUUGCAGCAUGUUGCCGCGCUUGAUGGAUUCUUGUUGUUGCUUCAGUCUCUUGAGCCUCUCUUGGAGCUGCCUCUUGCUGUAUCCCGCCUUUCGGCUCGCAAAACGCAGACUCGGGAGGAGUCAUCACAGAACCAGCAGCACCUGUUGUGCACGGAGAGCAUCCGUUGGGGUGGUGUUGUGCAAGCUUGGCAUCUCGUGUGCAGUUCGUCUGUGUUAAGUCCUCGUCUCUUGGUGCAGCGGCGGCAUCAGCGGUCUCUAGCUGCCUUUUGCCGCCGUUGCCUCCGCGCCGUGCGGGAGCUCUUGCAGCAACUGUCGGCUUCCUACGUGGGGGAGCUUCCUGGCACUGCUGCUGGGGUCGCUGGCGCGGCGGCUGUUCUGGAGUGUAUGUACAGCUCAGAAACGCACGUGUCUCCGGAGACACGAUCGAAUGCCUCUGCGCUGCUCCGAACAUUAUGGGGUGGGACGGCGCUGCUGCUGCUGCUGCUCCCGAAGGACUUUGAGAAGCUCUUGCAGCCGACUUUCCAGCUGCAAGAGCUGCAGCACGUGUUGCUGCAUGCUGCGCGCAGUGGGCCUAUGCGAGAGAACCGCGCAGCCUGCCUGGUGACCACAGGACGAUGCCAUGCCGCAGUUGGCAGCGGUGGAAAGAGCGAUGGCAGUGCGGAGUUUUUACAGCUGCUGGUGCGCACUUACGCCCGCAUGAACGAUACGCCUGCUCUGCUGGAAGCCUUGGGAAAACACAUAGAAGGGGGGGCCAUGGGCUGUUGCGGCGAUGGCAGCAGCAGCGGCUCAGAAAUUGCUGAAAGCGUUGCAAGCAGCAACCUAUUAUCUGCUGCCAUGGCUGCUGCGCGCUUUGUAGGGGGCUCUAUGUGCUUCGCCUUGCGGGACGAGUUCUUGGACGCCCUCGCUUGUGCGGCCUCUCAGGCCCUCGCCUCCCAAGUUCCGCUUCUGCUGCAGCACAUGCGGCAUUUGUUGCAGCAUGCCACGAGGGCGGUGCUGCAGGCGUUUACGCGGGAGCCGCCCCGAGGCGAAGGCUUCGCAACCCUGAUGAUCAAUGCUGCAGCUCUCCAGUUGAUGAUGGGGGCCUUCCUUAGAGGUCUGCAAGGCCAGCCAUCGCAGCAGCAGGAGUUUUUGUUGCCGCAUCUCCUCGCAGCUUUGCCCGACGCAAUUUCCCCCCUUGUUGAGUUGAGGCCUCUUCUCCAGGAAUCUGCUCUUGCAGAAUCAGGGCAUCAGGAGAGGCAAUUAAUGCAGCUCCUCGCAGAGGGCUGCCAGAGUCUGAGACUGUCCAUUUGUCUGCUGCUGCGUCAUAUUCGGUCCUUCGCUGCUGCGCCGGCCGCUGCUGCAGCGAAGGAGCCACCAGAUGCUGCAGCUGCCCGCCUGGUGGCUGGCAACAUCUUGGCACUUGCAGAUGCUAUCCGCCACGCGACUGAGGCGACACAGGCGCUGCAGCAGCAGCAGGCACAGCAGCGCGCACAAGAGCGUGGGCCUUCCAGCGAUGACCCUGCGGAAGAUGCGUUGACACAGCACCAAAUCCUAAUCGGACUUCACCAGCAGGAGCAAGCGCUGCAGCUGCAACAAACACACGCUUUGCAGCGUCUCGAGUACCUUCUGCUUGUUGACCAGCUGAGAACCUGUUGCUCAGGCCAGCAGCAGGAUACCAAGCAGCCUCCCAAUGAGGACGACGUCGCGGGAAAGGGCACGGACGUUGCAGGCUGCCAGGCCGCAGUGUUGUUGUUGCUGCUGCUGCAUGAGGCACGCGUUGCAGAGCCGAGGGACCGCUCCACGCAGCGACUGCUGCUGCUACAGCUCCACAGGGUCUGCUGUUGCUUCAGAGAUGUGAACGCAACAGCAGCAGCGGCCAGUGCUGCUGAGGGCCACUGGCUGCAGCCCCACCUGCCGCUGCUUUUCAGCACCCUUCCACGCGCUGAAUCUGCCUUAGAGGGCUCUCUAGAACCGUGUGCAGCCUGCGGGGAGAGCGUGUCAGCAUGCAUUCUUCGUGGGAUAUCCAAGCACUUUCUUCUGCAGGACCCCGUGCCCCUAGCUGCAGCUGCAGGUGUCGUGGCAGCUGCAGCCGAGGCUUCAGAUGACUGCGAAGCGGCGGUAGCUGGCAUUGCAGCAGCCAGGACAAAGGCCAAAGAGGUGAUAGAGUGUUGGCCGCUGUCACCGGAGCUCCUCGAGCAGCAGGCAGCCGUUUCAGUUCUGUUGCGGCGCUGGGCUUCGCUGCUGCGGUCAGCAGCGGCAGCAGCCCUCUCUGACGAAGUCGCAGGCGCCGCUGCUGUGUGGGCACUGGGCACUGGACUUUGCCAGAAGCUCUGUUCUGCUGUCUUCGCCUCCAGCAGUCGCGAAGACGCUUUAGAUGUGGCUAUCGCCUUGUGGGAAGCGUUUCAGGCCAUGACACGCUUGCUGCAACGGCAGCACGAGCUGCAGGACCUCGCUGGCCGUGCUGGUAGAUCGCAGCACCGUUUACUGUUGGAUGCAGCAGUUGCAGCCAUCAAGGCACUGGGACAUGUUUGCUGUAACGGUGCGUCUUCAACGGCCGCGGGAAUGUGGGCUGCUGCAUGCAUAUCGAAGGCGCGUUUGCUGCGAGAGGCACUGGCGCCUCUCGGCCUUAUUGCCGCUGUGAAGGGUAGCGAGGGCUACGGAGCGGAAGCUGCGGAGGCUGUUGCAGAGGCGCUUGCAGAUGUGCUCUGGGCAGCUGCUGCAGACGGUUCAGUGGAGAGUGGGAAGGGGGCUGCCGCCGCAGUGGCUGCGGCGGCUGAUAUGCUGCUGCAGCUGCCUACGGAAGACGAUGAAGCUGCGCAGGAGCAGCAACGAAAGCAGGUGCGCAGGGACGUCAAGGGGGCUGUGGAACGUCGGGAUGCAGCAGUUUUGUUGGCGUGCUGUACUGGAAUCGCGCAAAGCUCUGUCCCGUCGCUGAUCUGGGCUCUACGCAGCCAGGGCGAAACCCUUGCGGUGCAGCAGCAGCUGCUGGUGCCGUUGGCAUGUUUGAAGGCACUGCAUGCACUGGGCUUUUCGUGGCUAAAGACCCUUGAUUUGCAGAAGGCAGAGCAACCGGAGCUCGGAAGCCCGCAAGAGGCGCAACCCGAAGCAACACUGCUGCAAGGCCUAGCAACGUCUCUCCCUUCCGGAUGUCACCGAGCGCUGAUGGUCGUUGUUGCCGCUGCACUGUCUGCUGCCGUUGAUGAGCAGGAGGCAGCCCUGUGCAUCAUGGGGUCCCCAGCAGCAGUGGAUGCCCAAUUUCCGUGGGCAACGCACCUGGCGGCGUUAGCUUUAGAUUUGGUGGGGUUGCACCAGUCCAUGGGGGCGUGGGUGCUGCAGCGAAGAGCUGCUAGUGCGCCAGAGGACUCGGAACUGGAAGAGGAGGACGAAAAGGUGCAACAGCAGCUGCGAAGAACGGAGCUUCAGACGCAGCGCCGGGUGUUUGAUCAGAUCUCUGCCUCAGUUGUAUUGCGUUCGUGCAUGCGGACACCAAGGCCCCUUCCAGUGCUGCAGGCGGCAGGGCGUAGCGCAAAACAUCCGCAGCGGUUGUCGCGGCUGCUGAGAAGGCUGCAGCGCCUCUUGUUGCCAGACGACGACCACGCAGGCGAGUCUGCGACGGUUGCCGCUGCUGCCACGUCUAACGCUCAUACGCGCCUCCGCAAUAGCGGCAUGCGGCUACUGCAGCUGCUGUGUGCGCACUGGAGUGGCGCCAUGAAGCAUCUUGCAUGGAGCGUGCGGCAGCAGCAGGUGCAGGGAGAAAGCCAAGAAGAAGAGGCGCAGCAACGGCAAAUGCUGAGCGAGGGUGAGGCAUUGUGCAAGGCGAUGACAGCCAAUCUCACGGAGCUCCUGCUGCAUGCUACGCGGCGAGAGCUGCAGCUUUUCGUUGCUAGCGCCGUUGCAGGUGCUGCGCCGUUAGAGGCUUGUGCGGCGCGGGACUGGCAGGGCGCAGCUGUCGGGGGGGCUAAAAAGAUGGCGGAGCCAAGGGGCGUAGCUUCGUGGGCUAUGGAUUCGGAGGUAAACCUGGGCCUAGUAGCCAGACGUGCCUAA